GGGCGGCGACGGCGAGCAGUCACCGCCUCCUGCCAGUGCGGGAGCCAGACCGACAGCGCAGAGCCUGCGGCGGCCGUGGCCGCGGAGCUGGCCCUGCGGGGCCCCGGGGGGGAGGGGGAGCCGCGAAGCCCCCGCUGAGGCCGCCGCUCCCGGGCCUCCCCUCCCCCCCGGGCGAACGCCAUGCGGGGGGGCCCGGGCGACGCGGAGCGGCGGCAGCGCUGGGGUCGCCUCUUCGAGGAGCUGGACAGUAACAAGGAUGGCCGCGUGGACGUGCACGAGUUGCGACAGGGACUGGCCCGGCUGGGCGGGAGCGACCCGGACCGCAGCGCCCAACAGGGCCUCUCCCCUGAGGGUGACGCUGACCCAGAUGGUGGACUGAAUCUGGAGGAAUUUACCCGCUACCUGCAGGAGCGAGAGCAGCGCUUGCUGCUGCUCUUCCACAGUCUGGACCGGAACCAGGAUGGUCAUAUCGAUGCCUCGGAGAUUCAGCAGAGUUUCCGAGCUCUGGGCAUUUCCAUCUCACUGGAGCAGGCAGAGAAAAUUCUACACAGCAUGGACCGUGACGGCACCAUGACCAUCGACUGGCAGGAAUGGCGUGACCACUUCCUGUUGCAUUCGCUGGAGAACGUGGAGGACGUGCUCCAUUUCUGGAAACAUUCCACGGUCUUGGACAUCGGCGAGUGCCUGACUGUUCCGGACGAGUUCUCGGAGCGGGAGAAGCUGACCGGCACGUGGUGGAGGCAGCUGGUGGCGGGUGCGGCGGCUGGCGCUGUGUCGCGUACGGGCACAGCCCCUCUGGACCGCCUCAAGGUCUUCAUGCAGGUCCACGCCUCCAACACCAACCGGCUGAACAUCCUAGGAGGCCUUCGGAGCAUGAUCCGAGAGGGGGGAGUGCGCGCCCUGUGGCGUGGCAACGGGAUUAAUGUGCUCAAGAUCGCCCCUGAGUCGGCGAUCAAAUUCAUGGCCUAUGAGCAGAUCAAGCGGGCCAUCCGGGGGCAGCAGGAGACGCUGCACGUGCAGGAGCGCUUUGUGGCCGGCUCGCUAGCUGGUGCCACGGCCCAAACCAUCAUCUACCCCAUGGAGGUGCUGAAGACACGGCUGACCCUUCGCCGGACGGGCCAGUACAAGGGGCUGCUAGACUGUGCACGGCAGAUCCUGCAGCGGGAAGGACCCCGUGCCUUCUACCGCGGCUACCUGCCUAAUGUGCUGGGCAUCAUUCCCUAUGCGGGCAUCGACCUGGCCGUCUAUGAGACCCUGAAGAACCGGUGGCUCCAGCAGUAUAGCCACGACUCAGCUGAUCCGGGCAUCCUUGUGCUCCUGGCCUGUGGCACCGUCUCCAGCACCUGUGGCCAGAUAGCCAGCUACCCUCUGGCCCUGGUCAGGACCCGCAUGCAGGCCCAAGCUUCCAUCGAGGGCGCCCCCCAGCUCUCCAUGCUGGGUCUGCUCCGCCACAUCCUGUCCCAGGAGGGCAUGCGGGGCCUCUACCGGGGCAUCGCCCCCAACUUCAUGAAGGUUAUCCCGGCUGUGAGCAUCUCCUAUGUGGUCUACGAGAACAUGAAGCAGGCCCUGGGGGUCACGUCCAGGUGAGGGACACAGAGCCCCCUCCACGAUCACGGCACACCCGCACCCCAGCCCUUGGAGACAGCCCUGCAAGCUCCAGCUCAUCUACUGGGUCCCCUUCUGGAUCCCACGUUCCCCUGACCCCCACACACUGGGUCCUGGACCCCCAUGUCUUAACUACUGGACCCCCCCACAACCCAGCUAAUGGGCCCUGCCGCCCCAACCAUGGGAGCCCAUUCCCCGGAUCUAAAUACCCAGCUUCCUCAGCUCCUGUCCUCACGCAGCACUGGACCCCAGACCCCCCUGCUGGCAGGUCCCAGAUCCCCCUAUUUCAAGCCCUGGAUCUCCAAGCUCGACCACUGGAUUCUGGAUAUCAACAAACUGGAUCCGGACAAUGCGAUGCCUAGAUCCCAGGGCCCCAAGCAAUGGAUCCCAGAUCCCCUCACCCCAAAACCUGGAUUUCUGAAUUCCUUUACCUUGACAUUCAGUCCCGGAUCCCUGUGCUUGGACUGCCGGACCCCUACAUUUCAACCACUGCAUUCUCAAUCCCCGACCAUUGGAUCCCAGCCUCCCAAGCCCCCAACGCUGGCUCCUCAAAGCACCGUUGGGAGAGCCCGACAGCAGAGUGAGUGGUCCUGGCAGCUGCAGCUGUUGGACCCCAAAUACCUGCACCACGGGCACUGGGCACUGAAACCUCACCCACGGGGGCAGACCCGGGCACUCCCAGACACCGGUCCCCGCCCCUUAGCCCCUGGUUUCUGACCUGAAUGCUCAAGUCUAGAUCCCAAAGACCACUCCCACGCACCCCCAACCCAGACACACACCAGAGCUAGAGCCCCGCCCCGGGGGCACGCUCCCCAUAGUCUAGGGAUUCCUACAGGAAGCCCAGGUCCCGGCCUCUGGCUCCACAAAAUUCCUGGGACUUGUCCAGAGUCCUGACACGGCUGGAGGCCUGGCAGCAGGACAGGAGAUAACCUCCCACAUCCUGUGCAGACACCGGAUCCUCCCCCACCUCCCCAUCUCUCCAGCACAGCCACACCUCUCGGCCCUGUGGGGAAACUGCACCCUCAAAUGCUCCCCCACACACCCUGCAGCGUCAGCCACUCCCCACCCUAUAGGCUGAUAACCAGCAGAGCCUGGGACUGUCUGGAGGCACCAGUUGCGCUUUUUUGGACGCAGGCAUGGAGGCAAUUAGAGUCCGCAGACACACUGAGUGGACCCCCCACACCCCAGCACUGCCAGCCCCACCCCAGGCUUUAGGGUUGGAAACCAGGAGCCAGCCUGCCCAGACCACCCUCCCCCAAGUCCAGGCACCCACUUAUGCAGAACAAAAGGGAACCAAAUCCCCCAAACGCACUCCAGGUCUAUUUUUCUACCAGAGAGGAGCAGACAUCACCCCAGCAUCUCCAACCCACCAAGCCCCCAGCCCCACCCUGGACAUUCUGCACUUUAUAGUUUGGAUCUUGAGUAUAGAAUAAUGGGGGGACCCCUUCCUCUACACUUCCCAAGUCCUUGGGGAACCCCAUUAAAGGACUGUGAAAGAGGAGCUGGAAUGUUUGGGGGGCUGGAGGACCCCCCCAAGUCUUCCACCUCUCCCCACCUGCACCACACCCCACCUUCCCACCUGUAUGUGUGAUUUUAAAGGAAAAGAACGAAAGGAAUACAUUUUCUAAGCUCUUGUGGAUUUUACUGAAGGGGUGGUGGUGGAUGUGGGGCCACCUUAGACUACCCACCGGGAAGGGACACGGGCCGUCUCCAGUAACGCACUGUUCCAGGAGACCAGAAAAUGACUCCCUCUUAGAGCCUGUUUCCACAUCCGCAAGGCAGGGGCAGGGAGCGGCCACAUUCGUGAGCCCUUCUCGUUUUUCCCGUACUUUUUCUAAUUACACAAGUGUGUUUGUUUCUGAGGGCUGCUGUAAUAAAAUAUCAUAAACUGGGGUCUUAAGCAACCAA